CGGAUUGCUAAGGUGGGAGCUGCAGCGCCGGGUCCCCCGGAGCGAUCCCCACGCAGGCUUCCGACUCGCAGGCGAGGCGGCGGAGCCCUGCUCUGGUUGGCGCAACCUUCGCCGAGCGCACGGCUGCGGCUCGCUCUCCGCGCGUUAGGAACCCUACGAUUUAACUGUAGAUGGCGUCUGAGGCUUUUCCAAGAUCGCAAGAGCUCUCCCAAAAUUAAACAAACAGACAAAAAAAAAAAUAGCAAGAGAGCAUUUAACUUGGAGCGGUCAACGCUGCCAACAAAAGAUCGCACAAGCUGGGUGCAGAGUUGUGGCGCGGGCCAGGCGCAGGUACCGCGACAAAGCCCGGGGCUCGGCGGGCCGGGCGGAGGUCAGCACAGGCUCAUGCUGUCGCCGCUCGCUCGCUCGCUCGCGCUCCGGGUCGUCCUCCGAAUAAUGGGAGAAGUGCGGGCAGGGACCAGGGCAGAUCAGUGGUCUCCGAUUUCCCCAGCCCGAGCUUCCGGGGAUCCUCCAGGCGCUGGAAGGGGAUGCGCCCCCAGCCCUGCUAACCCGCGGCGUUCCUUUCCCGCUGGACAACUGGAUCUCGCCUUGGAAGAAUGUGCAACCACUCGGUCUCUCCCUACCCUACACCCGAUUGCCUGGCCGGGACAGUGCCCAGAGGGCUUUGGUGGCAGAGUGAAGCAAACCUCUGCGCCCACAGGUCACACCAGGGCUCCUGGCUGCCAGCCAGUGCGGGAAUGCAUGGUCCUCUUCUUUCAGCGCACCCCCACCCCUACACCCACAUGGAUCACAAACGAAGUCCACAUUGAGAGUCAUCAAGCCAUACCUAGGCUCAAACAUCGGCAACAAACUUCCAGCACAAACGCAGAGAAUGUGCCUCAUGCUGAUAUGCAGGCUGUGGACUGCACAGCUCCAGGCUAUUUCAUUCCCAUUGAGGUCUCUGUGCAUGGCACCCCCAGACUGGUGCAAAGCGCAAUCUUCUUGGCCAUACGUGGAACCUUGAGUUUAUAGACACAUUGAGCUGGAGUUCAGAAACUUCCCAACAACUUCACCUCCCACUCUUCUCAGUUACACACCCAACCAGCUGCUCAUCAUUUUGUGGACUCCAGUCUCCACCGCUAUGCCCACUGAAAGCCCUCCCAUAACAGUCAUUCUUUUCUCAAUUUGUUUUAAACAGUUCGUGGUUUGGAAAGUAGUUGUUUAUUGACAAGAUGAUUCCUAGGAGAUCUAUUAAAAGACACUUGUUUGUUUGUUUGUUUGUUUGUUUGUUUGUUUGUUUGUUUUACCAUGGAUACACAGGAGAUGUGUUUUCCUUAUUUUUUAUAAAUGGUCCAGUCUACUGGGAGAAGUCCAGGAUAUAAAUACAGAAGAAAUUGCCGUGUGGACCCAUGUUUUUCCCAGGCGCUUGUUUUGUAGCUUUUUUUCUCAUACAGGGAAAUAGCUGUUGAGUGCUUACAAGUGAAGUGAACGCAGGAGACAUUUUCUUGUUGCCCUUAAAUUAGAGGACGGUGGGAACCUCAGCAUACAGGAAUUUUCUGGGUAUUGUAAAUUGUCUACCAUCCUGUUACGCAUUGCUGAGCCGCUAACAGAAAAAAGUAAAAACAGGUAAAAUGAACCAGCUCGUCCAGGAAGUGCUGCACAUUUACAUAUUAUCUAGAGUGCUCGAUUACUGUAAAAAUAGGUUCAGUUUGAAGGGUGUUCUGGGAAAUCUAGUGUGUGUUUCCAUACCUGGCACCCAGACAGACCUCGAGGGAGAAGGCGGACCUCGGUCCAGGUCCUCGGCCCCUCUGUUUCACAAACUUCAGGACUGUAAAUGACACUUAACUCCCCUGCCCUUUGUGGAAUGGAAAUAAUAAUCCCUUCCUUACAAAGGGAAUAGGCGAAAUCGAAUGAUCACUUACAUCCCCCUUCAGCGUUUAGGAUCCAACUUUCGGUAUGGGAAAAGCAGGGUUGUCAGCAGUAGAUCCGUUUCUGAACAAUAAUGCAUUGAGUUUCCAUCCCAUUUGGGUCCCAGCUAGGAACAUGGCCUUGGACGGCCCUGGUUGCUCAGAUUAAGGUUAAUAAGAAUUAAUAUGUGCAGCAGGCUUGCCGAUUUACAAAGCACUCGUCUGUAUUUGGUCCCAUUUAAUCCUCACAACAGCUCCAUGAAGGACGUUUCAUUAUUAGCCUCAGUCGGAGAAACACCGUCUCAAGGAAGUUAAAUUACACUGGCUCACGGGCACAGAGCAUUUCUGAGCACAAAUCUGCUCAUUUUGUGACCCAGCUCCCCGUGUCCUUGCCUGCUUUGUCCCCUUUCCUCCCGUCUCGCUUUCCUCUCUAAUUCCUUCUGUGUGCAAACAUCACUGUAAAUCUAAACCAAUUUGGGGGUCAUGCAUUGGGGCUCCUUGCAUAGAAUUUCAUUUAAAUACAACAAUAAUAGGUGCAAACCAGAAAAACUUGUGUGAACACAAGUGUGAUAUCUACAGAAUAAUAGUUUCCAACUUGAGAGCCCUGGAUCCUCAGGUGGGCUUAGAGCUCAGGGCGUGAAACCGAGGGUCCGUAUGACUUUGAUUAAAUUUAGUUUUAAAUCCUAGCUCUAAAAAUCAUAUCCCUCUCUAUAUACC